UGGUGGCUACCUCACUUCUCAUUGGCUGCAUCCCACUGACUUCAAUUACUUCAAUUACUUCAAUUUCCCCUGCUUUCUUCCCCUCCUCAUCUUCUUCUUCCUCAAAACCCCUUUCUUUAUCCAUUCAUAAUUUUAUCUCCUUCUUAUUGUAAUUCCACACUCAACAUCAUGUGAUGCUAUUUUAAGCAGUUUUCUUUUUCUAUUUUUGUACAUUUUUUUUAUGGUGUGGACAGCGAUGAUUCGAGUCUACAUCACUAUAGUUGUUUCAACUUUCAAUUGAAGGAUUGAAGUCAAGUUAGGUUUAUUUAUUUAAGAAGCAGCUUUGACUUUCUGCUUGUUUGUUCUACCAGAAAUUAUCCAAGAUUUACUGUUUUUAGGGCUAUAAUGGAUUCAGAUCUCCAUCACCAUCAUCAUCAGCAACAGCUGCAGCAACCUCAACAACAGAACAUGAACUCUGGUUUGACCCGAUACCGAUCCGCACCGAGUUCGUAUUUCUCCAAUUUGAUUAGCAAUGGAAUAUAUGGAGACGACGAUAGUGACCCGUUUUUCAAUCCUCGGGUCUCAACCACCGAAACGGAUCAGAUUUUAUCGAGAUUCACGUCCUCCACCACCGCUGUUGUUGCUGGUAGUGGUGGUGAUUCAACAUCUCAACAAAUUAUGAAUCAAAUUGGGGGAUAUGAAUCGCAGUUCAUAGAUUCCGUGAAGCAAGAACAAGAAGGGGUUUAUUCAGAAUCACUCCAGCAGCAGCAGCAGCAACAACCAAUGAUUUAUCAAAACCAAUUUCAACCUCAAACGGAUCAUAUUAACCGGCCUGUGUCUACCUGUAGCUCCGCCAUGGAUGACUCCUUAACGACGAUGCAUCUCCCCACCAAUCUCCUCCGUCAGAGUAGCUCUCCCGCCGGUUUUUUCGCUCACCUUGAUAUCGACAACGGUUACCCUGUGAUGAGAUCCAUGGAUGACUUUAGAUCUAGUAGGAGCAAUGUACAAAAUUCAUUGCUCACAUCAACAAAAAGAUUGAAAAACGAAAUGGGGUUUUCUGGUAAUUCACAUACGUCAUCUGGCAUACUCCCUAGAAUCCCUGAAAACGAGGGAAAAAUUAUGGAAAUGAAAAAUCAUUUAAAGGAUGAAGAUUAUGUUACUGGAUACCAAAGUGGUUCUUGGGAUGAUUCGGAUAUUUUAUCCGAUAGUUUCUUGAAAGAACUUGAAGAAAGUGAUCACAACAAGUUAUCAAGCUUAAACUCAUCUCAAAACCAGAAUGAUGUUGGGAGAAUUCGUGCUCCUACUACACUUGUUCAUCACUUGAGUUUGCCUACAAGUACAGCCGAGUUGUCUGCGAUGGAUAAACUUUUGCAAUUUCAAGAUUCGGUGCCUUUAAGGAGUAGAGCGAAGAGGGGUUGUGCUACUCACCCUAGAAGUAUUGCGGAGAGAGUAAGAAGAACGCGAAUAAGUGAAAGAAUGAGAAAGCUACAAGAGCUUGUCCCAAAUAUGGACAAACAAACAAACACAGCAGACAUGUUGGAUUUAGCUGUUGAUUACAUCAAAGAACUUCAAAAAGAAGCCGAGUCACUUUCGGAUCAUCAUGCAAAAUGUAUAUGUCCACAUAAACAGAAGCUGUAACACAAAGUUAAGCAUAGGUAUGUCAUGCUUAUGUAAAUGAUAUGUGAAGGGAAGGAGAAGAACGUGAAGGUUGAAUUAAAAUAUCAGAAAUACUCGAAUAAUAUUAUGCACCUAUAUUGGUGUAUAUAGAUGGAAAUAAGAAUACAUCUAUUGUUGUUGUAUCAUGUAUGUUGUAAGUUGUAUCAAUAGCUUAUUGUAUAGCACCAUGUUCUAUAUCUUUUGCAUUAGCUUAAUUAUAGUUUAAUCUUGUUUAA